AUGGUGUCCUGGGCCAUCACCGGCGCGACGCGAGGCAUCGGCCUCGGCUUCGUCGACAAUCUGUCCGCCGACCCGGCCAACACUGUCUUCGCGCUGAUCCGCUCCCGCGCCACGGCCGGCGCGCUCGAACAGCUCGCCGCGACGCGCAAGACCAUCCACAUCAUCGUGACCGACCUGGCCGACCCGAAGAGCCUCGUCCAGGCGGCGGCCGACAUCUCCGCCGUCACGGGCGGCUCGCUGGACGUGUUGAUUCUCAACGCCGGCUCCGCCGCGGGCCCGCCGGAGGCCAGUGUGCUCGCGCCAGCUGCCUUCCACGGCAAGGAGGAAGCGCUGGAGAAGGAGAUCAAUGAGAAUAUCAAGGCCAACCUGCUCAGCAACAUGUACGUGAUCCACGCCGUGCUCGACCUCAUCCGCCACGGCGCCGAGAAGAAGCUGGUCUUCAUCUCCAGCCCGAGCGGCGACCUCGAGUUCACGCGCCGCACCGGCCUGGCCGCCCUGGUGGGGUACUCGGUGGCCAAGGCGGGCAUGAACGUGGUGACCACGAAAUUCGGCGCCGAGCUGGCCCGUGAGGGCAUCAGGACGCUGUCCAUGAGUCCGGGGUGGGUGGACACGGAUGCAGCUCAAGCCGUCACGGGCGACCCGGAGGUGCGCAAGUUCAUGCUCGACGCAUUCCACAAGGUCGAUCCCAACGUCACGGGCCCGAUUUCCGUCGGUGAGUCGGUCGCGGAGCAGCUGCGGGUGAUUCGGGGCUUGACGGAGGCGGACAGUGGCAAGUUUCUCACGCACCACGGCAACGAGGACGAGUGGUUCUAG